AUGAUUCCUUUAUAUAAUGUAUAUACCCAUCUCUUCACCAGCACAACCUUACCUUCCAUUUUCUGCAACUUCUCCAAAUCUCAUACUUUCCAGAAAAUCAUUUUCCCAAGAAAAAUAAAACUUUCCUCUUUGUUCUUCUCCCCCCCAACAGCAAUCACGGCGUACCAACCAGAGCUAGGAGGAGACGACUCCUCUCCCUUGAGGAAGUCUGGGAGAGGGAAGAUCGAAAUCAAACGGAUCGAGAACACAACGAAUCGUCAAGUCACUUUUUGCAAACGUAGGAAUGGUUUGCUCAAGAAAGCUUACGAACUCUCUGUUCUUUGUGAUGCUGAAGUCGCACUCAUCGUCUUCUCUAGCCGUGGUCGUCUCUAUGAGUACUCUAACAACAGUGUAAAAGGGACAAUAGAGAGGUACAAGAAGGCAAUAUCGGAUAAUUCUAACACCGGAUCGGUGGCAGAAAUUAACGCACAGUAUUAUCAACAAGAAUCGGCCAAAUUGCGUCAACAAAUUAUCAGCAUACAAAACUCCAACAGGCAAUUGAUGGGUGAGACGAUAGGUUCAAUGUCUCCCAAAGAGCUCAGGAAUUUGGAAGGCAGAUUAGAGAGAAGUAUUACCCGAAUCCGUUCCAAGAAGAAUGAGCUCUUAUUCUCGGAAAUCGACUACAUGCAGAAGAGAGAAAGUGAUUUGCAUAACGAUAACCAGCUUCUUCGUGCAAAGAUAGCUGAGAAUGAGAGGAACCAUCCGAGCAUAAGUCUGAUGCCAGGAGGAUCUAACUACGAGCAGCUUAUGCCACCGCCUCAAACACAACCGUUUGAUUCACGGAAUUAUUUCCAAGUAGCGGCAUUGCAACCUAACAAUCACCAUUACUCAUCUGCUGGUCGCCAAGACCAAACCGCUCUUCAGUUAGUGUAAUACUGGCUGAAAGAAAUGGGGAGUGAAUAAAAAAACCAGAACUGGGUUGAGCAAUAUAAAAAGCUAAUGCAAGUUAUCAUAUAUAUAUAUAUAUAUAUUUCAUGAAUGCUGUAUUGAUGAUUUCUAUACUUAUUUGAAUUGCUUCUGUUGAUGUGAAAUAUUAAUAUCUUAAAGACAAUGUCAUUAAUGGUGCUUACUUUGUUUAAAGACUACAUGUGUA